CGUAGCGAAGCAGUGCGCGAGAGAAUCGUAUUUUUAGUGAAAUUAAUGAAACAUUUUCGAAACGGAAUUUCCAUUGAGCGAAAAGAAGAAACACAACAAACGUUCAUACAUACAUAUGUAUAUACGCGAAUAAUUUUAUCAGCGCUCAUAUAUUCAAUUAGACGCUUUAUAUGCGUAGGUCUAGAUAUUUAUGUUUUCUGAUAACUUGGUUUACCACACCGGACUCCCUGAUUUCUUUUCAGCAACUGAUAACCGUUUAGGCAAACCCGUUCAACCAAAGUUACAGCAUUCACCAGUUCAUUAAUCAAACAAACUCACAACAAUUUGCAAACAUUUCCAACUGAAUGUGUUUCUAUAAAAGAGACCUCGUCGAAAGCGAUGCUACAUAGUCGUUCACUUCAUAGUCUAUAUAAGAGGGCUACGAGAAUUUUUGAAUAAUUUAAUACCGUCUAAUAGAAGCUAUCAACUAAAAUAAUGUAUCGGAGCAAAGCGCAUUUCUGCUUGGCGCUAAUCUUAGCAAUAUCGUUUCAAAACAUCAAUGCGCAAUUCGAUCCGAACUAUGUGGCAGGAAGGACGACUAUGGUUCAUCUUUUUGAGUGGAAGUGGGAUGAUAUCGCCGCGGAAUGCGAAAACUUUCUGGGUCCUAAAGGCUAUGCGGGUGUACAAGUUUCUCCUGUAAACGAGAAUGUCGUUGUCGGCAAUCGUCCGUGGUGGGAACGUUAUCAACCAAUUUCAUACCUGCUGACCACACGUUCGGGCAACGAGCAACAGUUUGCGGAUAUGGUGAGGCGCUGUAACAACGCGGGGGUACGCAUCUUUGUGGAUGUCGUAUUCAAUCAUAUGGCUGCCGAUAAUGCUAAUGCGCGUGGUACCGGUGGUUCAACAGCCGAUCCUAGUAACAAAAGCUUCCCGGCCGUGCCUUAUUCGUACACAGAUUUCCACGCCACAUGCACUAUUAACAGCUAUAAUGAUAAGUAUCAGGUGCGUAAUUGCGAACUCGCCGGUUUGAAGGACUUGGAUCAAAGCAAGUCGUGGGUGCAAGAUCGCGUUGUUGACUUUCUCAACAAACUGGUUAGUCUGGGUGUUGCUGGCUUCCGUGUCGAUGCUGCCAAGCACAUGUGGCCGGCUGAUUUAGAGAUAAUCUACAAUCGUGUUAGUAAUUUAAGCACUACACAUGGCUUCCCCUCAGGUGCACGUCCUUUCAUAUUCCAAGAAGUUAUAGAUUUGGGCGGUGAGGCUGUAUCCAAAAAUGAGUACACACACAUGGGUGUGGUCACCGAAUUCGCACACUCGAACUCUAUAGGUAAAGUAUUUCGUGGCAAGGAUCAAAUGCGUUGGCUAGUCAACUGGGGUCCACAGUGGAAUUUCCUCAACUCGGAUCGUGCAUUGAUUUUCGUAGACAACCACGAUAAUCAACGUGGACAUGGUGCUGGUGGUGCUGAUAUUCUCAACUAUAAGACAUCGAAGCAAUAUAAAAUGGCCAGCGCUUUCAUGUUGGCGCAUCCAUUCGGUAUCACGCGCGUCAUUUCUUCGUUUGCAUUCGACAACUCCGAUCAAGGUCCACCAACAACGGAUGGUAACAACAUUGCCACACCCAUAUUCAAUGCUGAUAAUUCCUGCAGUGGUGGUUGGGUUUGUGAACAUCGUUGGCGUCAAAUUUACAAUAUGGUUGGCUUCAGGAACAUCGCGUCCGGUACAAAUUUGCAGCACUGGUGGGACAAUGGCAGCAACCAAAUCGCCUUCUGUCGCGGCAACAAAGCUUUCGUGGCAAUUAAUGGUGAUUCUUAUGACCUUAAUAACUCGCUACAGACCUGCUUGUCAGCUGGCACCUACUGUGACAUCAUUUCCGGUGAAAAAUCUGGUUCGAGUUGCACCGGUAAGCGUGUAGUUGUCGACUCGGAUGGACGCGCUAACAUAUCGAUCGGCCAAAAUGAAGAAGAUGGCAUGUUGGCUAUACAUAUUGAAUCGAAAUUGUGAACACGUACAAGUUGAUAUCUACGAAAGCAAAUUUAGAAGAAUAAAUAUUAUUAUUGCAAAUAUA